AUGGCUUUACCGGGUAAAUUGCGUUUUGACACGGAAGAUCAUGCUCCAUCAUCUUAUUAUGAAAAGGGUUCUCGAUCGCCUCCAUCACAAAUGAGAUUGCCAUUUCAGACACCAAACCCCGAAGCUUGGAUUCAAGCGCCCGAGUUUGUGCCUCGAUCAAAGCAACUCCAUGAUGCUUUCUCUUCAAGCAGCCCUCCGCCUUUUGAUCCAGAUUUAGAAAAAGCAUCUUUCUAUAAUUACGAUGAGCAACAGUCGCCGGAUCAUCAAACGAUAAUUGAGCAGCCGUUUAUUCCUUCUGGGCACCAUUUUCCGGAAGUGAGCCGCAAUCCGAUUCAUCAAACGCGAGUCUCAAUUGGAGGAGUACCUGUACCGCCACUUCUUCCCAAUCCCCAUCUUCCGUUUCCAAUGCUGCCUUCAUUUCCCGGUCGAUUCCCAAACGGUCCUCCCCCAUUCGCUUUUGUGCCAAAUGGAUAUUCAGCUAAUGUCACCAAUAUCAAUCCUGGUCUUGGCCCACCGAUCCCGGCGAUUGUCUUGAAGAAAAAGAGGAGAAGAAGAAAUAAAGAAAAGACGCAAAGUAUGCUGCUUGAAGGGGAAAGUGAAUCGUGCUCUCCACCAGUUCCUUCGGAUCCCAAAGAAUUUCCUCGGGAAACAACGGGAGAUCGAACAACGAUUGAAGAGGAAUAUAUUGAUGAGAGAAAUGAGAGAGAAUCAACAUCACAACGAGAUCAAGCUGUAGGUGGAUCUUGUCCAGAUCUUUCUCAACAACAACUCGAAAUGUGGGACGACUUCUUGUACGAGUCUGUGGUCAAUGGACGGGGAAGAGCAAGUGCAGAGAGACGAGUUCUAUCCAAUAUGCAAAUUGCAGGUUUAGUCAAUCCAGCCUAUGAAAUAUUACCAAAAAACAAAAAUGAAGCGGACGAAUUCGUGGAAAUGUCGAAUUCUGCUUAUGGAAAACAAGAGAAAGAAAUCAAUGGGAAUUUGAUGACAGCAUCUAUGAUUCUUCAAUCAUUGAAAGAAAAAUUUGCGAAAGGCCUCGAACCAGCGAAAACAAGGGAGAAAAGUCCGUCUGACGAGUUUGAAGCUCUCGCCUUUAGACCAGAGAUAUCGAAAUACGGCUAUCCUCAAUUUGAUUCGGACAAGCAUCAUGUCACUUCGUUUCAUCCCGAUGGAGUCACAUCAUCGAUUCAAUCGAUGAAAAUUCGGGCUCCAAUGGUAGAGGAUUCACUUGAAGGAAUGCAUAUUAGAGUGAACGCUUUCGAAGAUGACGAGGAUCUUGAACUCUCAGAAUCUGAAUGCCCAGAACCGUCUCGUUUUCAACGUUUGCAAUGGGCAAUUCAACAAAAGAAACACCAACAAAUCUCUCAAAAUGGCGGUCCACCAGAAAGAGUUUGUUGUUCAAUUAUG